GUAUUGGAUCACUAGCUUAAGUAAUCAAUGUCAACAUCGAUAUUGAAAACCCGGGUUGAAGAUAUGUGCCGUGAUAGUUAAACAUACCUCGCGCUCCAUACCGAACUUCAUAAGAGUAUGACGUUAAAACUCUACUUUGAUUUGGCAUCCCAGCCUUCUAGGGCUGUGUACAUGUUUUUGAAGCUCAACAACAUUCCGUUUGAGGAAGUUUUUGUCUCUGUUGGAAUGGGGGAACACAGACAAGAGGAAUUCACAAAAAUCAAUCCUUUUCAACGUGUGCCCGUUAUAGACGAUGAUGGUUUCAUCCUCACAGAAAGUGUUGCAAUUCUAAAGUAUUUAGCAAAGAAAUAUCAGGCAGCGAGUCAUUGGUACCCAGAAAGUGACGUCACAACGACUGCCAAGAUUGAUGAAUACAUGAACUGGCAGCACUGGUAUACCAGACAAAAUUGCGCAAUGCUGUUUCAAAACUUGAUUUUGAUACCUAGAAUAAAGCGUAAGCCCAUAGACUGGGACAAGGUGAAAUUCUAUCGGAAAAAGGUCGUUCAAAUCGUCAAUUUUUUGGGCGAUUAUUACCUGAAAGAUAAUCUUUAUCUUUGUGGAAAUGAAAUCACACUGGCUGAUCUCCUUGGUGUCUGCGAGUUGGUACAACUUUAUCCAGUGCAAGAAGAGGGAGUUUUUGAAAGCAACCCAAAGGUGAAGGCAUGGGUGGAUCGCGUCAAAGCGAGACUGGGACCGCUAUUCGACGAGACGCACGAAGUCCUAGUUGGAAUGAGAGAUAUGUUUGACCGUAAUGUGAAUUCCAAGUUGUGACCAGAGAAAGAAAACUUAACACAAUAACGUGUUGUAUGAUAGGAGAAUUACAUAUCGUGUCUCCAGGAACGUGUUUUUAAUCUUUCUGUGAUAUAUGACAUACAUAUAUGUAUAUAUUAUGAUAUGGUGUACAACUGUAUUAAACGGAAUUAACCGUUGUGCGAGUUUUUGGCAAUUAAAACAUUGAAGUUUAA